GGUGGAAGUAGCUCCACCGCAGCUCCCGGGAAGCCACUUGUGGGUGCGAGCGGCCACGUCGGGUCCUCGGGGGACACCUACAGGGAACCUCUGGCAAAGCAGUGGCUAGAAGAAAUGAGCUGGUCAAGGCACAUCCAAGGAGGCUCAAAAACGGCGUGGGAUAAAGCUAAGAAGUGCAUAGAAAGGGUUUUCAACGGAUCAAGAAAGAGAGAGAGUGAGAAGACCCUGGAAUCCAAAAUCGACGAGGCUUUCCAGGACCUCAGCAAUAAAAUGAAAGCUCUGCAUGAAAAUUUCAAAAACUUAGAGUCCAAAGAGAGGGAGGAGAUCAGAGAAGAGCUGGAGAAAAUCCCAGGAAACAAAGAGGAGGAAAUUGCAAGGUCCCUGGAAUCCAAGUUCAAUACGAGCCUCCGGCAGCUUUCCCAAAAAAUUGAAACUCUGGAAGAAGAUGUACAGGAAUGGCCAGAGACCAUAAAGGAUGAGGUUCAGCUUUUCAGAGCAGAACUGGAGAUGAAUAAAGGAAACAAAGAGGAGGAAAUUGCAAGGUCCCUGGAAUCCAAGUUGAAUACGAGAUUCCGGGAGCUCUCCCAAAGAAUUCAGACUCUGCAAGAAGAUGUACAGGAAUGGCCAGAGACCAUAAAGGAUGAGCUUCAGCUAUUCAAAGCAGAGCUGAAGAAGAACUCAGGAAACAAAGAGGAGGAAAUUGCAAAGACCCUGGAAUCCGUGUUGAAGACCUUCUUGCAGCUCUUCCAAGGAAUUAAAAUUGUGGAAAAUCUAAAGAAGGCCAUAAGGCAUGAGCUUCUGCGUCGCAGUGCAUAGCUGGAGAAGAACCCAGGAAACUCAAACAACUACAAGACAACGUGAAGAAAUUGACUGUGAAUGAAUUGGGCUUUGAUGAAUGGUUUGAGGGAUGGGGAAGAACUGGAUGGCUGAAAGAUAUCGUAAAGGGAGCUUUGUUACUAUUAGUAGUCAUUAUUAUAUUGCUUUGUAUUACUCCAUGCCUAAUGAAAUUGGUGACCCGCUUGGUAGAAAAUAUAAUGAGUAAAGGGUUUGUCUGGUGAAAGAAGAAGGGGGAAUUGUAGCAAUGUAUCUGAACAACUUAGGCCACACUGUGCACCAGCCAUACCACUUGUAGCUGUUCUUAUCAGAGCCCUCUGGAAUUCAUCAAGGUUACUAAGACAUAAACUGUGCAAAGUUAAGAAAGAAGAGGCUGAGAAACACAAUACCAAGACCACAAGAACUAGAUAACAGAAGGCUGUGAGCUACCUGGACUGUAACCAGUCACAUACUAUGAGAAGUGGAUGCAGAACGUGUGGACAAGACAGAGACAACAAUGAAGAAGAGCGUGAUCAGUGUGUGCAGUAGGGUUAGAAUGUAUAAAUAAGUGCAUAAUGUAAACAAUAAAUGGCUUCUGCUUAAUCAUA